AUCGGGUAUAAAUACCCGAAACACAUCCAGUAGACCAUUAUCGUCUAACCCUACCGGCCAACCAUUGUCACCCUCAUAUUCUCCGCCCGAAGAUGAACUUCACGUUUUCUGUUUUGCUGUUCCUAGUUCUCCUCGGAGAAGUCACGUCCGAAUGCUGCAGACCACCUUGCUCAGAUGGACUUUUAGGGAGUCCUUAUUGCGGCGUUGGCAGGUGCAAUAUGUUCGGAUGCAACUGCAAUGGCGGGUGUAGAAGAAGAGGAUCAGACGGUUCUUGUUGCCGCCAUCGAAAUGGAAAAUGCGCAGAUGGAACUAAACCAACUCCCUAUUGCGGCUAUGGCAAGUGCAAUAUUAUCGGAUGCAACUGCGACGGCGGGUGUAGAAAAUGAAGGGUCAGAUAUUUGUCAAAGACGUUAUUUAUUGUAACGAUAGCCCGUGAAAAUGCAAAAUAGAUUUAUACCUUGGGCCAAGGUUCAUCUUGAACAGAACAAAGUUUUUUAAAUUUCUAGUUUGGUUUUACCAACAAAUCAAUUUUACGGAUGCACCACAUUAGAAGCAUGGCAUACCGAAUUGGAUAAAUACCCGAAACAUAUCAAGUAGACGGUGGGAAAGUUUGUAUAUUAUCGUCUAACCCUACCGGCCAACUAUUGUCAUCCUCCUCGUAAUCGCUUCGACCGAAGAUGAAUCUUACGACUGUCUUGCUGUCCCUAAUUCUCCCCAGAGAAGUUAAAAUGAAAACCGUAGAGUGUGCGAGCAAAAGCGUUAAAAUAAGAGGGCCACCGUUGAAUCUGUUGCAACCAAACUCUUCUAGUCUGCCAUGAAGAGCUCUAUCUCUUUCUUUCAAGAUAAAUUGGACAUUCUUCUUCUGCCCGAAAUUCGACAUGUAGUAUACAUAUACAAAUGCAUGUAUACUCUGCAUCUUACAUGUAAAGUAAGUUCAACGGUUUUUUGUUCAACGAAAGCACCGUGACAAAAGUAUCUCCGUAGCGGAGACAACAACCCUGACUGACAAAAACUGACUGCCACACCACCCACCCUCGAAGGGAAGGAAACACUACGGCACAAGGAUAUUUUCCUAUUGGAAAACAUCGUAAACACCCCCGGGGCAGCUAGACCAAUCCAAAUGCCGCAAUCUGUUGCCAAUCCAAAAUGGCUUCCUCCUCGCAGAUGUUGCGGGUGAAAAAUCCAAUAAGCAGAGCAGAGCAGAGACCCGGACGCGACCCGGGCCGAGCUGAUUUCAGAGGCAGAAAGGACAAUCAGAAGUUAUUGCAACACAGUCUUCCAAGCAGAACAGACCCAAGGUCUUCCAAUUACAGCAGAUAUCAAAUCGCACAGCCAUGCAGCACCCCCACCCCAGCGAUCAGCCCACUUACAUGCCGGACGUGCCGUUCCAGCCCCUAUGGGGCCAGGAGGCGCCUCCACCUCCGCCCAUAGUGCCCUACCAAGAGCUCAUCGCUGGCUUCCCAUGCACCGAUCUGUCACUCUGGCAACGCUCUCAGGUAGCCCCCCUGGUUCCCCAACGUCCCAGCACACAUGGCCGGUCCAACGGAUCCUCCAGCUCCUCCUCCAAGAAGACCCGUCGCCGGGUGGCCUCCAUGGCCCAGAGACGAGCCGCCAAUAUUCGCGAGCGCCGUCGCAUGUUCAACCUGAACGAGGCCUUCGACAAGCUCCGUCGCAAGGUGCCCACCUUCGCCUAUGAAAAGCGUCUCUCCCGCAUAGAGACGCUGCGCCUGGCCAUCACCUACAUCGGAUUCAUGGCCGAGCUGCUCAGUGGCACGCCCUCGAACUCCCACUCACACUCCCACUCCCACUCGAAGUCCCGUUCUGAUGUCUAUCCCGGCAUGAACGGACACCACCAGGCAGCCCCACCUUCGAUGCACCCCCCCCAUCACCUGCACCCAGCGGCGGCAUAUCAUCGAGACUUUGCCUCUCCCUACAGCCACAGCCUGACAUAGGACUCGCAUUGUAGAUCACCGCGGACUAGAAAAUGUUAAGCUUUUGCUUUUGAAAAGAAUACAAGAUGAUUAAGUGCACAUCCACAAUCCUUUUUGUGAGUGAUAACAAAUAAAAUUAGAACACCCCA